AUGAAGGUCAUGGAAGAAACUCAUAAAGGGAUCUGUAGAGCUCAUCAAGGAGGAAGGAAAAUGUGCUGGUUAAUUAGAAGGUACGGCUACUUCUGGCCAUCCAUGAUGAAGGAUUACAUUAACUAUUCCAAGGGGUGCAAGGCUUGUCAAAGGCAUGGCCCAAUCCAGCAAGCUCCUUCAAUUCCCAUGAAUCCAGUAGUCAAGCCAUGGCCAUUCAGAGGAUGGGCAAUGGAUCUAAUUGCUAAGCCUGUUAAAUCCACUACAUCUCAAGAAAUCAUCACUUUCAUAGAAGAGCAGAUCAUACAAAGGUUUGACAUUCCAAAAUCAAUCACAACCGACAGGGGAUCUUCUUUCAUAUCUGGAGAAAUGCUAGAUAUGGCAGAAGCAUUCAAGUUUAAACUACUUCAAUCCACUCCUUAUUAUGCUCAGGCUAAUGGACAGGCAGAAUCAAGUAACAAGGUGAUCAUCAACAUUAUCAGGAAGAUGCUUAAGAAAAAUCCAAAGCAAUGGCAUGAGAAGUUAUCAGAAACCCUGCGGCAAUAUAUAACUUCAAAAAGAGAGGCAACUAGCAUGACCCCUUAUGCUCUGACUUAUGGCCAUGAUGUAAUUCUGCCUAUGGAAAUAGCAGUCCAGUCCCUCAGAAUUGCUCAUCAACACAAUCUGGUUGGAGAAGAUUACUCUCAAGCCAUGCUGCUAGAACUGGAAGGAUUGGAUGCAAGUAGGAUUCAUACCCUCAACAAGCUCUAG